GAAAAAAGGAGAAGGGUGUUGGGCCUGGUGGGUUGCAGAUGCUUGCAGGCAGCUGGGCCGCUCUCCUGAGCGGUGUCCGAAGAGCUGCUGGCCGAGUCGCCCUGGGUUCUCAUCAUCCUCUGUGAAGUGUCCAAGCAAGCGGGGUCCAUUAGCCUUAGGCAGGAGCCAUGGGCUGCUGCUUCUCUAAGAGGCGGAAGAGUGAGGAGUCGCGGGCAGAGGGAGAAGAGGAGCAGCCCAAGCUGUACAGCUGGGACCAGCGGGAGAAGGUUGACCCAAAAGAUUACAUGUUCAGCGGACUGAAGGAUGAAACAGUAGGUUGCUUACCUGGAAAAGUAGCAGGGCAACAAUUUGUCAUUCAAGACUGUGAGAACUGUAACAUUUAUAUUUUUGAUCACUCAGCUACUAUUACCAUUGAUGACUGCACUAACUGUGUAAUAUUUUUGGGACCAGUGAAAGGCAGCGUGUUUUUCCGAAAUUGUAGAGAUUGCAAGUGCAUGUUGGCUUGCCAACAAUUUCGUGUGAGGGACUGUAGAAAGUUGGAAGUCUUUCUGUGCUGUGCCACUCAACCCAUUAUUGAAUCUUCUACAAACAUUAAGGUUGGCUGUUUUCAGUGGUACUACCCUGAAUUAGCAGCCCAAUUCAAAGAUGCAGGGCUUAGUAUCUUCAAUAACAUAUGGAGUCAUGUUCAUGAUUUUACACCUGUGUCAGGAGAGCUCAACUGGAGCAUUCUUCCAGAAAAUGCCAUGGUUCAAGACUAUGUUCCUAUUCCAUCUACGGAAGAAUUCAAAGCUGUACGAAUUUCCACAGAAGCCAAUAGAAGCAUUGUUCCCAUAUCCUGGGGCCAAAGACAGAAGAACAGUGAUGAGUCAUGUCUUGUGGUGUUAUUUGCUGAUGAUUAUACAACUGCAAAUGCAAGGAAACUAAUUGAUGAGAUGGUUGCUAAAGGCUUUUUCCUAGUGCAGACAAAGGAAAUGUCAAUGAAACCUGAAGAUGCUCAAAGGGUUUUCAGGGAAAAGGCAUCUGACUUUGUACUUCUUCUGAACAAAGGUCCCGUGAUUGCCUUGGAAUUUAAUGGAGAUGGUGCUGUAGAAGGAUGUCACCUUAUUAUAAAUGAGAUGUUCAACGGGACAAAGGUGUUUGUAUCAGAAAAGAAGGAGACAGCAUCUAGAGAUGUUGACAGCUUCUAUAACUUUGCUGAGAUACAGAUGGGGAUAUGAAGCGGAUCGUACUAUUAAGCUCUUUCCAACCUUUAUAUAGAGUUUGAUAAUACAUAUAUUAGUCAUUUGGCAGUUAGUAAUUUCAUGUAAGCCAAAAUUAUUAAAGGCUAUUUUUAAAAUAACUCUUUGAAUACCAUAUCAUUUACUUAAGGAUCUGAAAUAAUUCAUUUAUAUUAAGUAGUUUUAAUCAUUUUAUAAACUAUUUAACUUCCUACAAUAAACUUGCAGUUUUAUUAUUUAUCUUCAUCUAAUACUAUUAUUUAGAAAAUAGAAGUGGAUACCAGUUCUAUAUGAUUUUAAUACUAGUUAAAAGUUCUUUCAAAGCCAGGCAUGGUGGUGCAUGCCUUUAAUCCCAGCACUCGGGAAGGUACAGGCAAGCUGAUCCCUGUGAGUUCAAGGCCAGCCUGGUCUACAAAGCAAGUCUAGGGCAGCCAGGGCUACACAGAAACUUUAUCUUCAAAACAAAACAAAGCAAAACAAAACAAAACAAAAGUUCUUUCAAAUCUCUGGUAAUUUAAACUUUCUAUAUUUCCUUAGUGCUCUAUGAUAUUCAUUUAAGAGUACAUUUUGUAACUUAUUUUUUCUUUUAAUUUAGAGGAACUUUUUACUAGGUGAUAAUUAAUAAACCUAUGCACUUUUUUCAGAAAUACAUAUCCAGUUAAAUAAUCAUUUCCUUCUUGCAUUAUAUGACUAAUGAGAUUUUGUACAUUGAGUUACAUACUAUUUUGUAAAUUGAAUUUUUUAAAGAAAUGGGUAUGUGAAAGCUGACUGUGGUGGUGCUAUCUGUAGUACCAGGCUACUUGGGAUGCUGAAGUGGAAGAAUCACUUGAGCUCAGGAGUUCAAGGCCAGCCUUGGCAAAAUAAUUAGACUCUAUUUCAAA